UGUAACUAUGUAGAAGAAAACAAAUAUUUCGUUAAGGAUCUUGUAUACAUUUUUUCGAUAAUGGAGGAUUGACAAUGACAAACAACAACAACAAUACACCUCCAGUAUCUAUACAUGAGUUAAUACAGCUGUCGAACAUUGGGAUACCUCCUGACCAAGUAACAUGGAACAGAGUGACGAUGACGUCAGAUAGAUGGAUUGCCAUUCGACACUGCAACAAGGAGGAUUCUUCAUCUAUGGUGACAGUACUAAAUCCUAAGGAGGGCAGUAUAUCAUAUGUAGGACAGACCACAGCAGACUCAGUACAGAUCAACCCCACUGAACCAGUCAUAGCAUUAAAAGCUGGAAUACGAUUUGAAGUAUUUAAUUUUAAUACAAAACAGUUAAUAAGUAAAACAAAACUGCAUGAUCCUGUAGUAUACUGGACAUGGCUGAACACAGAGGUCAUUGCUAUGGUUACAGAAACCCUGGUAUAUCAUUGGCCAAUAUGGGAAGAUUGUGCUCCUGAAAAAAUGUUUUUAAGACAUCAAAGACUGGAAUUUACAGAAAUAAUAAGUUACAAGGCAGAUCCCAGUUUAAAAUGGCUGGCUGUUACUGGUUUGAUGCCUGAGGAGGAGAAGAUAUCAGGGUUAACACAGCUUUACUAUGUAGAUGAGGACAUUACUCAGUGUAUUACAGCCCAUGCAGUAUGUUUUACUAAUUACCAGUAUAAUGACAAUCCGCUACCUUCAACAGUACUAUGUGCUGCCACCAGAGAUGCUGUGGAUAUAGGAAAGAUCCAUGUAAUAGAGCUUGGUCCAUACAAGCAAGGAAAUUUUGCUCCCAGAAAUAAUUAUGAUCAUGUGCAAUUUUAUGAUGGUGCUGAUACUUACGACUUCCCUGUCUCACUCCAUGUUUCCGAGAAGUACGGCUUAUUAUUCACCAUCACUAAAUAUGGCUACCUCUACCUCUCUGAUAUGGAGACAGCUGCCUGUCUAUGUUGUAAUAAAAUAUCCAACUUCAUCAUGUUUACAUCAACCCUCAACACUGAUACACAAGGAAUUAUGGGUGUUACUAGAGGAGGUCAGGUUAUGACAAUAAAGAUAAAGAAGGAAGGACUUGUGUCACAUGUCAGAGACAAAGCUAAGAGAACAAACCAAGCAGACAGACUUGAAAAAGCAAUCUCAUGUUAAUGGUACUGAUGCAUUAGCAUUUCCUUUACCUGCCAACCUUUUACAUCUUUUACCCCAUGUUCAGAUUUUCCACACAUUACAUUACACAUUUGUAUCCACACUCUUCUAAACCCAUAACAGAAUUUAAUGAUACUUUCCCAGAAUCUUCAACAUGUUAUGCCAUUGGUCAUUUCCU